GCUCUGCGGGGUGGGCGCGGGGCCGGCGUCCAGGGCUGUUAGCUGGGAGCCCCGGGAGAGGAAUUAGCCCCAGGCGAUGGCUUUCGUAGUCCGGGGACGCCCCGCUCAGUCCUCCUGGCCGCUCGUCGGGCCGCCCGCGCUGCCCACCUGUUGGUGCCCUGCGGCGGUUGCUCGGCGCUCCCCGGGCUCGCCAGCGGCGUGGCCCGGGGGAAGCGCGUGCCGGCGGUGCUCGUGGAAGAGGCCGGCUCCUGCACGACCCUUUCGGGGAUUACCCUGAAACUUUACCUCGCGCUCCCGACUCGCUGGGCCUGGCCUGCGAGGUUGCGCGGGGCGCGCGGACAAAGGUUCGGGGAGCCUGGUGCGGCCGGUGUUCCCUCCCCGGCUCGGCUCCCUCCGGCAGCGUGACCGGUGCGGCGAGCGCCCGCCCGGGGCUGCUGCGGCCGGCGGCCCUGGAAGGGAUGCGGUCGGAGAACUUGGUUUUGGAAGCGAGUUUCUCCCUGGGUCCCAGCUGGGGCUCAUUUCAGGGGAAAGAGCGGUGGGACCCGGCGUCUGUCGUCUGUGGAUCGGAGGGAGUUGCUGGCGUCGGUUUGGUUCCGUUCGUGGUUGACGUGGUGAGGGAAUUUGCAUACCAGCCCCGGGAAGGUAGGAGCCGCCACUGCUGCCCGCGUCAGGGGGAACUCAGGUGACCUGUGCUGGCGGGCCACCCAUCUGACUGUGCAAAGUUACAGAGCCUGAGCAAAUCUCCCCUCCCUCAAAGUGCGAAAAAGCAAAGCAAACCAAACCAAAGCAAACAAGAACUCUCCGGGUUAGUUGCUUCCCAGCGUUGGAUGAUAAUGUUAGAACAGUAAUUUGAAUUUACUUAGCAUUUAUGACCAGGGCUAUCCAAAAUCAAAAUCAACCCCUCCCCCCCCCCCCCGUUUUCUCUGCACCCCACCUCGUUUUCUGUGUUGCCUGUUUUCUUCCCCAUAACCCCCCUCCAGGAGUCCCAGUUCUUUGCUCUCCUUUGCCAACAGGCACAGAAAUCUCAUUCCCGUUUUGUAUUUCCACCUUUCUUAACAAAUGCACCUUUUUCCUUCACGUCCCCCAAUUUGCAAACCUCCUCACUCCAUUGUUCUCCUGGUGUGUUAAUUAUGCACUCCUCCCGCUGCUGAACCUUGUUCUCUGCCCGCACAUCCUUUAGAGUUUUAUGUGACUGUUUCUUAUACAUAUUGUAAUUUUCAUCUACCUCCUUCGGCCCCCACAUUUGCCAUCAUCUGUCCACCCAGUUUGAUUAUCCAUUUUUUCCAUUUGUGCUACGCAGGCGUGGGCAUCCUGAUUCUGUAUCGUGAGUUUCUCCCACAUGGUGCUUUCUUGCUUUUUACAAACUACUUCUUUCUCCUUGACAGGUGCUUUUUGCCAGCACAGCCUGCUGUUGCCCUCACAGCACCCCUCGGUUCACUGUCUUUGGUUGUGAUUCUUCUAUGCCAUCACCAUCCGUCGGUUCCUUUUCUUCUUUUCCAAUCAGUCGUCCGUUACCUUGCAGACUUCUUUAUUUCAGACCCCUGAAGGGGUCAGGAGGUGGAGGUAGGGGACAGUUGUAUCUCCCCAGGAGUGCUCUGGAUUUCAGGAUCUUCCUGUCUGCUCUAGUAUCGUAUACAUAGUUCUAGAAUUAUGUUACCAUUGAUAUCAAUACGAAUGUUAGGUAGCACUUACCAAAACACUUAACAUGGGCCAGGCACCCUUUUGAGGGAUUUACAUGCAAUAAUAACUCACAAAUCCUCCUCUCCUCCUUGGAAUAUAGAUAUUAUUACUGUCCCCAUUUUACAGAUGAGACCAGAGAGGCUGAGAGAAGUAACAGGCCCAGUUUCUCAUGGCUACGUAGUGGUGGACCCCUCCUCACCAGGCACUGAGCUUCCGUGUGGUAGGAACUUUUGAACUCAGACAUGGGCUGGAAUUUGGCUUUGGAAACCAGGUCAUCAUUUGCAUGCUUUAUUUAGUCUGCAAUUGAUAACAGUUGAGGGCAAACUAUCUCUACCUGUAGAACAGUAUAUGGGGAAAACCUGAUGCCUAAUGCCUUUCAGCAAGACUGGGGACACUGACCAGGCUGACUGUCAUUUCAAGCUCACUUUCAGCCUGCUUCCUUAAGAGAACACCCUGGCCCCCUUAGCUACAGGAACUCGAGGAGAAAGAAAAGACCAUUGCCAACUGUCUCCUGUGCAUUGAGAGUUCAAUUCCACUUUCAGCUGGCUGGCCAGGCCUCUAGAGUCCCUGAUAACCCAGUGAUUUUAGGAGUCUUGUUUAUUUCUAGUUCAUUAUAUAACCUUAAAGCCUUGUUCAAAUACUGUCUUGUUGGUCUUCACCUUCCUGAAAGUUGGAGGCAAAUAUUUUUUUGGUGAUACUGAAGCAGAGUUGUAGGUAAAGUUUUAUCCUCUGAUGGCAGGAAGGGAUCUGACAUUCCACAGGUGAGGAAACUGGGACCCAGAGAGAAAGUGACGCGUCCAAGGGAAAGCAGCAAGACGGUAGAACUGGCUUUAGAUCCCAGAUCAGUUGACUUCGGGUCCAAGGCUCUCCAUGCCUGGCCCUGCGGCUUGGUGGGUUGACCUCUCUGCUUGCUGCUGAAAACAAUGAACCGUCUUUCCUCUUCCUUUCCUGAGCUAAGAGGCUUUGGAAAGAUUCAUUUAGAAUGGAAAUUGUCAGGGGUUUUCUCUCUCUCUCUCUCUCUCUGUGUGUGUGUGUGUGUUUUGUCUGAAAGCUAAACCCUUAAAAAUGUUUGCUUUUGAGAUACGUGAUGGCAUACGUGGGAUCAUAAAAUCAACGGAAGUUAAUCAAUUCAGAUGUCUUAGAAAGAAGUAAUUUUGUUAUUUUCAAAACACCAAGAGCGAACACCAAACGUACACUGCUUCCUAGAGGCGAGUCAUAUUAUACAUGGCAGUUUAAAGAUCAGUAACUGUAAUGUUUAAUUGUAUUUUCCAUUUGCAGAGAGAAAUGCAUUAGGCACAAAGUGCUCACAUGAUUUCCUCCAUCCUGCAUCUCAAAUGAAACAGAAGCGAAGGGGGAGAGCCUGUCGGGCUGUGGCCACAACUGAGGAGCCUGAUGUGCACAGCAGGUGCGAAAGCCCGGCCGGCAGCAGCCUCGGAGAUGAAGGUCUGCGCCCGGGGCCUGUGGACACAGACGUGCAUGUGGCUUUGAACCCCGCUGCCCUGUGGCCACGGGCUCGCCGCCCCGAGAACAUGACAACGGCCCGGAACGGCCAUGGCCGACUCGCCGCGAUCCCCUGUUCCGUCUCUGAUUCCAAAGACCCCAAAAUGGUGACCUACCCAGCGUGUCAGAAUGGAGGCUGCGGCAGCAACCCCUGCGGGGAUGCGGAAGGCGCCGCGGAGGCCAGACUGAGCCCCGCCAGGCUCAUCCGCCUCUUCUCCGUGAGCAGGAAGAGGGCCAGCGCCAACCCGGAAAGGCCCCGCUCCAUGGUCCUGAUGGGAAAUUCCUCCACCUGGAACGCCCUUGCCUCCUUCCGGAAAAUGGGGUCUUUUAAGAAACUGAAGUCCUCCGUCCUUCAGGGAAUUCAGAACCGAGAGGGGUCAGAUGCGGCAAAGGAAGACGCCCCGGAACGCGACCCGGGGAAACCCAUCCCGAACGGUGCUGCCGCCGGAACGCACACCGGCAGGUGCCCCUCCUCGGGGCCGGCGAGCGACCCCGCCGCCAAGGCGGCUCCCGGGGGCGCGUCGGACUGCUCCGACCCCGAGGAGGCCGACGACGCCUUCCAGAGGAGCACCCACCGGUCCCGCAGCAUCCGCCGCGCCUACGGCCUGGGCCGCAUCAGCUUCCUGGAUGGCGAGAAGCAUCAGGGGUCCCAGAACCACGUCGGGCCCCUGGCCCCCGUCUCCCAGGAGCCCGCGCUGUGUGAGAUUCUAGUGAAAGACUCUGAGAACAACAGCAUCGUCUACCGGAAAAGCAAGAGCACCGACAACUUGAACUUUCUGAAGAAGAGCUCCUUCAAACGGAAGUCCACCUCGAAUCUCAUGGACCUCAAGGGGGCGCCCGAAAAGCCCGCGCCCCGGAGGACGCUGAGCAGUUCGUCCGCCGACUCGGAAAAGUUCGGUGGGGCCGAGAGGAGGACGAAACGCUGGAAGAGCCCGCUGCGGGCCAGGGACUUCGACAGAGUCCUGAGGUUUGUGAGCAGCGCCGCGGACGCGGCCUGGCGGAGAGAGAGCCCCCGGAGCGGGGCGCCCCCGCCGGGCGAGGCAAGCCAGAGGCUGCAGGUGCACAGCAGGCUGCACGACGCCUACUCCCGCCGCGUGUCCACCAGCGCCGAGCGCGAGUGGAGGAGGUGCGCAGGCGCAGGCGCGCACGCCUCCCCGGGCUGUGGCCCGGCGGGGGCGGGGAGCCCCCCGGUGGACGUGGCCGCGGCCGCGUGUCCCCUCGAAGCCGCAGGCUCCCGGGCGGCGGCGAGCGCGGGUCCUGGCGCCGGCAGCGCCUCGGCGAGUCCGGCUGCCGAGGACCCAGGCGGACGCCAAGCUGGCAGCCGGUUUACCUUCGAGCCGGAGCAGCCGCUCACCCCCCAAAGGCCAACCACGCCCAAGCCCCCCAGCCCUCAGAGCCCGGGCGCAGGAAACGCCACGUGUCCCAGCAGUCUCAGCGCGCUGUCCCUGAGUUCAGUGGACAGUGAAGAGAGGGCAGAGGGGCCCGCGUCCCCCCAGGAUUCGGCGCAAGCCACGUGUGACAAGGGCAGUGACGACAGCAGCGUCGGCAGCCACCCUCAGCUGAGCCCCCACCUGGUGUCGGGUCCCGAAGAAAGGAGGGAGGAGGUUGUGGCUGAGGAAUCCUGGAGGCGGGGCUCAUCAAGGGAUGAAGAGAGGACAGAGGCUCAGAGGAUCACCAGGAGGAAGUGGGGUUCUGGGAGAAGGUCAAGGCCCCGACCGCUCUCCGACUAUGGCCAGUUGGCCAACCGAAGUCUCUCUAUUCCUGAAGACUCCAUUGCUGUGGACCCCCAGAAAGAGGACACUGUGGACGGGGACCAGCAGCCAAACACGGCCUCCAUGGACCCUGCAGACCAGAACCCUGCCGUGGCCUGCCCCAAAGGCAGCCGGAGAAGACGCCCCAUCUCUGUGAUAGGCGGGGUCAGCUUCUAUGGGAACAGCCAGACAGAGGAAAUAGAGAGUCUUCUGACCCAACCGGCAGCCAGGCCUCCCGUGCCAGCUCACCAGGUGCUGCCCUACAAGGCGGUUUCGGCCCGGUUCCGGCCCUUCACCUUCUCCCAGAGCACCCCCAUCGGACUGGACCGCGUGGGGCGCCGGCGGCAGAUGCGAGCGUCCAAUGUCUCUUCAGAUGGAGGUACCGAGUCCUCUGCCUUAGUGGAUGACAACGGCAGCGAGGAGGAUUACAGCUAUGAAGACAUCUGUCAGGCCAACCCCAGAUACCUCCAGCCGGGCGGGGAACAGCUGGCCAUCAACGAGCUGAUCAGCGAUGGCAGUGUGGUCUGCGCAGAGGCCCUAUGGGACCACGUGACCAUGGACGACCAGGAACUGGGCUUCAAGGCCGGAGAUGUCAUCCAGGUUCUGGAAGCCUCUAACAAGGACUGGUGGUGGGGCCGGAGUGAAGACAAGGAAGCCUGGUUCCCCGCAAGCUUUGUCAGAUUGCGUGUCAAUCAGGAAGAGCUGUCGGAGAAUUCCAGCAGCACCCAGGGUGAGGAGCAGGAGGAGGAUGUCGGCAAGAACCGCCACAGACACUUGGAGAGCAAGCACCAGAUGAGGACCAAUGUCAUCCAGGAGAUCAUGAACACUGAGCGGGUGUACAUCAAGCACCUCAAGGACAUCUGUGAGGGCUAUAUCCGACAGUGUCGCAAACACACGGGAAUGUUCACUGUUGCGCAACUAGCCACCAUUUUUGGAAACAUUGAAGAUAUUUACAAAUUCCAAAGAAAGUUCCUGAAAGACCUUGAGAAACAGUACAAUAAAGAGGAACCUCAUUUAAGUGAAAUAGGAUCCUGCUUUCUGCAACAUCAAGAGGGCUUUGCCAUCUACUCCGAGUACUGUAACAACCACCCGGGCGCCUGCGCGGAGCUGUCCCGCCUGAUGAAGCAGGGCCGCUACCGACACUUCUUCGAAGCCUGCCGCCUGCUGCAGCAGAUGAUCGACAUCGCCAUCGACGGGUUCCUGCUGACGCCGGUGCAGAAGAUCUGCAAGUACCCUCUGCAGCUGGCCGAGCUGCUCAAGUACACCACGCAGGAGCACAGUGAUUACAACAAUAUAAAGGCAGCCUACGAAGCCAUGAAGAACGUAGCCUGUUUGAUCAAUGAGCGCAAGCGCAGGCUGGAAAGCAUAGACAAGAUAGCACGGUGGCAGGUGUCCAUCGUGGGCUGGGAGGGGCUGGAUAUCCUCGAGCGGAGCUCGGAACUGAUCCACUCCGGGGAGCUGACCCAGGUCAGCAGGCACGGCAAGAGCCAGCAGCGGACGUUCUUCCUGUUUGACCACCAGCUGGUGUCGUGCAAGAAGGACCUGCUGCGCAGGGACGUGCUCUACUACCGAGGCCGCACGGACAUGGACGAGGUGCGGCUUGUGGACCUGGAGGACGGGCGGGACAAGGACUGGAACCUCAGCGUGAAGAACGCGUUCAAGCUCGUCAGCAAAACCACCGACGAGGUUCACCUGUUCUGUGCCAAGAAGCAGGAAGACAAGGCGAGGUGGCUGCAGGCCUGCGGCGACGAGAGGAGGCGCGUGCGGGAGGACCGCGAGAUGGGAAUGGAAAUUUCAGAAAAUCAAAAGAAACUCGCCAUGCUAAAUGCUCAAAAGGCAGGACAUGGGAAGUCAAAGGGCUACAGCGCGUGCCCGGUGGCCCUGCCGCACCAGAGCUUGCACCCCCUUCACCAGCGCCACGUGACCGUGCCCACCAGCGUCCCCCAGCAGCAGGUGUUCGCCCUGGCAGAACCCAAGAGGAAGCCUUCGCUCUUCUGGCACACGUUCAACAAACUCACCCCUUUCAAGAAGUGAAAACGGAAGGCCGCGCUUCUGCUGAGGUGUCCGCAAAGAGGAGAACCAGUUUUGUUUCUCGCGUGCUGACCCCAGUGCUGAAAACUUGUUUCGGGGGAUCCGUGGAGAACAGAAGGGCGCAGACGCACCUCAGCGUUCAGAGGCCCGGCUCCCCCCCUGGGAGGGAGGCGAAGGUCGUGAGGCGCGGCCCCGACGUCCACGAGACCCCUCCGUGAUCCGUGCCGAGCCGGCCGGGCCGUGGGAACCAGCGACGACCUCAGGGAAGCCGAGCGGUGACCCCAGCGGGCAUCGCCAUGACGGGCACGCACAGUGCUGCCCUUCCUGAGGACGGACCGGAUCGCACGGUCACCGUUGCACGUGGGUUCCAGGGGGACGGUAGCGAUGGGGUUGGUGCGAAGGUGUCUCGCCAGCACCGGUAAGCUCUGCCUCUCUUCCAGUGUUAGGGGACUUCCCGCCACAGCGCACGUGGCCAUCAUGUCCCCUGGUGUCCUCUGCAUUGUUGCCAAAUAGCGCAGGCUGCCUCCUGCCAGAUGCGUCCCCCACAGGCUGGAGGGGCGAGCGCCGUGAAUCCCUCACGCGGAGGGCAGUCGGGGUCACUGAAGCCUCCUGAAGCUGCCGCUGCUUACGGGAGAGAGUGCCGCGUCCCGCCGCGGGCUGGUGUCAUCCUCGCCCUCCCCCC